AACGCAUGUAUUUUCAUUUAGCGGCCCGUGGUGCGUGUUAUACAGGCUGCUGUCGCUGUUUAGCUGAGUUGUUUUGGCUGCGUGUGCUGGUCAAAGUGGCGGCUAGCUAGCUCAUGCUAACGAAAAAACGAUGAACUCAUCGCAUUGCAGUGAUGUGAUGCUCCGCAGUGGAUUUAUAGCCACUGGACACAUCUGUACGUAACUCUGUUAGUGUUGUAGGACAGAUCCAGGUACAGGUUUCAUGAAGUAACGACGAAUCAAAUCAACGUCGACCCCAAACCGAUCAGUCUGUGUUGGCUUCUGCAAAGUUUGAUAGUCAGCCUGACGUUCUCUGAUUGUUCUGGAGGAUGGAUCCUGUGGUUCUGAGCUACCAGGACAGCCUGCUGCGGCGCUCCGAUGUUUCCCUGCUGGAAGGACCUUACUGGCUCAACGACCAGGUCAUCGGUUUCGCCUUCGAGUACUUUGCUGCUGAGCGCUUCAGAGUCCUGGGAGAGGCCAUGAUCUUCAUCAGCCCCGAGGUCACCCAGUUCAUCAAGUGUGCUUCCUGUCAGGACGAGCUGGCUCUGUUCCUGGAGCCGCUGGAUCUGGCUUCCCGCCGCUGGGUCUUCCUUGCCGUCAACGACAACUCCAACCAGUCGGCCGGAGGAUCCCACUGGAGCCUGCUGCUGUACCACCACACCUCCAACCACUUCGCUCACUAUGACUCUCAGAACGGCAGCAACUCGCUGCACGCCCGGCGCAUCGCCAGCAAGCUGGAGCCGUUCCUGGGCGCCGGGAGGAAAGCGCUGUUCGUGGAGGAGCCCUGCCCGGCCCAGCAGAACAGCUAUGACUGUGGUAUGUACGUCAUCUGCAUCGCCGAGGCCCUGUGUGAGAAGGCCAGGGUGGAGGGAUCGCCUCGCCUUCCCGUCCAAAUCAUCACCCCGGCUUACAUCACCCAGAAGAGGGCCGAGUGGUGCAGACUGAUCCAGAGUUUAGCUCAGAACGACCUCUGCUGCUCGCUGUCCUUCCCUUAGCUCCAUUUAUGCAGAACGCCGUCAGCCCACAUAUCUACUGCUGGAGAACCUGAAUGCACUCCUUGAAUACACUAUAUAACAAUAUAUGAAAUAUAUUUCUAUUACAGCCUGACAGACUCCAGAAUAGAGUUAAAACAUAAAGCAGGAUGUGUACAGGUUCAGAGAACAGUUGGUGUCAUGUUUCUGUCAUUAUAUGCACAGCUAUGUACCGUAUGUAACCAGAACACCAGCAUGCCUAGAAGCUCCUCUGUAAAUAUUCAGCCCGGAUGGAGAAACGUCAUGUGGAAGAGGCGACUUUUCUUUUCUCCAUUUUAUUAGUUUGGAGCGAAUGUAGAAAUGUUUACACAGAUUAUUGCUCAGGGUCAUUUUAAAUGAACUGAAUUGACAAUAAGAAUGUGCAGAAUUAACUCUGGCUCCUGCUUCAUGUCUCAUAUUCGUUUUGUUUCUCGGUUUGAACGGCGUCGCGUCCAGAACUACUGUCGGUUGUGAAGCAAAAGAAUCCGGCUGUCUGAGGCUGAACUGUGAGCAACACUGAGCGGUGGAAUGUAUGUUCUCAUGAAAAGCAUCAAACUCAUCGUCUGUUGGUUUAAUAAAUGUUUUGUUGGCAAUA